AUGGAUGCCUUCGUGACGAGGAAGAAACGGAAAUGCAGCGAUUCUAGUAUUUCUGUUUCAGUAACACCAAGACCACAAGUCGGAACCGAAGAAUCAUCCCACCAAUUCAAUAACGAGGAAUCUACCGACGUAAAACUAGCCAUUUUGUCAUCUCUCCAUCCAGCCAUCGACCAGGAGACACUCCUAGACAUCCUACUUGCUCACGAUGGCGAUGUCGAGGCGACCUCACGUACCUUCAAGGCACGUCUGCCCAAGAAACCGGGGACGGGGAGUACAGUAGCUGCACAGUCGUCUCUACGAUCCUUUGCCGUCAACUCAGCCGACCCGGAAUUGCCCUCCCAACCCAAACGGGCCAAGUUGCUCUCCCGCAAGGGGGCUACGCUCCACCUGUACGACCCCGUCGACAUCAGCGAGCACACCCCCUGUACCAUCAUCCACAAUUUUUUGCCUGCCGAGGAAGCCAAUGCUCUUCUUAAAGAGCUGAUAGAGGAGUCGAAGUCGUUCGAGAAGAUCACCUUCAAACUGUUCGACAAUGUUGUUUCGAGCCCGCACACCUCGAGCUUCUAUGUGGGCAGCUACGAGGAGAUGCAGGAGCAGAAGUAUGAGUAUGUGUAUAACGGCUCGCGUUUGACGGACGUCAGAACCUUGACGCCACAACUGGAGCGGGUCAAGGCUCGUGUGCAGGAGACCGUUAACCGAGAGAUCCAGGAGCGCAUCCAGACUCAUUACGGAGGAAAAAAGCUCAAGUACCAGUCUCCAAAACCCUGGAAUCCCAACGCGGCCUUCGUGAAUUGCUACAAUGGGCCACAGGAGAGUGUUGGUUGGCAUAGCGAUCACUUAACCUAUCUUGGUCCACGUGCUGUAAUCGGCUCCCUCUCGCUCGGCGUCACUCGCGAGUUCCGCGUCCGCCGCAUUCUCCUGCAAGAUGACCCCGUCGCCAACGACGCAAACCCCAGCAGCACCAACAACAGCAACAAUCCCGACCGCGGCGGACAGAUUGCGAUCCACCUCCCGCACAACUCCCUCCUAGUGAUGCACGCCGACAUGCAAGAAGAGUGGAAGCACAGCAUCACCCCGACCCAGGCCAUCGACCCGCACCCCGUCGCAGGCAACCGGCGCAUCAACAUCACCUACCGCCACUACCGCGACGGCUUCCACCCGCGCAACACCCCGAUCUGCCCCUGUGGCGUGCCCGUCGUGCUGCGCGUCGUGACCAAGAAGCGCGAGAACUGGGGGCGGUAUUUCUGGAUGUGCCACGCCGGCAACGUGCCGGGGAAGGAGGCCUGCGAGUUCUUUCGGUGGGCCGAGUUUGACGAUGACGGGGAGCCUUUAGUGAUGAAACAAGAUGGCGGCGGAAAGAAGGAGGGGUUGUUGGUGCAACAUGAGGGUUCAAAGCCCGAUAAGGGGAACUCUAUGGUAUAA